CCCGUGGGAGAUGCCUCUCGGCAUUCUUCCAGGACAGAGCUUCUCCAGGGAAGGGUGAGAAGUUCUGGUUUCACACAGCCAACAUCUCCCAGAUUUGCUCCCAGGUUGGUCAUGUGCGUAGGGAGAUGCAGCCGCAUCGUGGGCCCCUGUCUGCUGGUGCUGGGCGCGCUUUCCGUGGUGGCCAGCAUCCUGCUGCUCUUCCCUGGCGGGGCUUGGCAGUACCUGAUGGAUGGGCACAUCAGCAGGCGGGCAAAGAUCGUGCCUGGCACCUGGGGAGGCGGCAUCAUGGUAAGCACCAUGCCUUGCACAGGGCAAGGACAAAGGGCAGGAUUGGGUGGCCUGCUUUGUUCCCCUUUUUCUCCACAAGCCACUUUCUCCUUUCUGCAGGUGCUGCUGGCAGCAACCCACAUCACCGCGGUGGGAUGGCGUUGCGCCUGCUGCUCUGACUGUGGCACCCGUCGGAACGCCUUCCUCUCCGUUGUCCUCUCCAAGCUGGCUCUCCUGGGCUCUGCCGCCUGCUUCUUCUUCUCGGGGCUGGGCCUGACCGAUGGCCCCCUCUGCCUCUACAACAGCACUGAGCCCAGAAAUGGCCUCAUUUGGGACUACCCCUUUGUGGACACACCUGGCAACAGGGGCCUGGCAGAUUCCUACCUGUUCUACCCAAGUACAUGGGGCACCUGCCUGGAGCCAGUGGGCAUCGUGACCUGGCACGUCACCUUCUUCUCCCUUCUGCUGCUCGUCAGUGCUGCUGAGAUGGUGCUGGCCUUCCUGCAGAUCAUCAAUGGCUGCGCCGGGUGCCUCUGUGGCUUCUGCGAGAGGAAGGAGGCAGGGCUCUCCCGUGCACCUGGAGUGAGGUGAGGCCACGUGGCCCAGCUGCGGCCUCUGGGGAAACCACUCCUGCUAACACCAUGUCUUCCAUUCCACGACACACCUGAGCCACGUAUGUAAAUAAAAGCCUAAUUUAUUUUUGUUAA